UCCCCCGUAUCCGUGCGCGGAGCAGGCAGAUAAGGGCGCCAUUUUGGAGCAGCCGCGGGAGACGUGGUGUAGCUUGCAGGUUUCCUCCGCUGUGUGUUUGGAGGGUGGGGGAGGGAAAUCCGGCUCUCUAGUCCGCGCCUCUCUUCGUCGUCGCUACCGCCAUGUCGGGAGGAGGAGUGAUCCGAGGCCCGGCCGGGAACAAUGAUUGCCGCAUCUAUGUGGGGAAUCUACCCCCAGACAUCCGCACCAAGGACAUAGAGGACGUAUUUUACAAGUACGGCGCCAUCCGCGACAUAGAUCUCAAGAACCGCCGCGGAGGGCCCCCUUUCGCCUUUGUGGAGUUCGAAGAUCCGCGGGACGCGGAAGAUGCUGUGUACGGGCGUGACGGUUAUGAUUACGAUGGAUAUCGGCUCCGUGUGGAGUUUCCCCGAAGUGGCCGGGGUACUGGCCGAGGGGGUGGCGGCGGCGGGGGCGGCGGUGGAGCCCCUCGAGGCCGCUAUGGCCCCCCGUCCAGGCGAUCAGAAUACAGAGUGGUCGUUUCUGGGCUGCCUCCAAGUGGAAGUUGGCAGGAUUUAAAGGAUCACAUGCGUGAAGCAGGUGAUGUAUGUUAUGCUGAUGUUUACCGAGAUGGAACUGGUGUCGUGGAGUUUGUUCGGAAGGAAGAUAUGACCUACGCAGUUCGAAAACUGGAUAACACUAAGUUUAGAUCUCAUGAGGGAGAAACUGCCUACAUCCGUGUUAAAGUUGAUGGGCCAAGAAGUCCAAGUUAUGGAAGAUCUCGAUCUCGAAGCCGUAGUCGUAGCAGAAGCCGUAGUCGAAGCAACAGCAGGAGUCGAAGUUAUUCCCCAAGAAGAAGCAGAGGAUCUCCACGCUACUCCCCCCGUCAUAGUAGAUCUCGUUCUCGCACAUAAAGAUCAUUGGUGACACUUUUUGUAGAACCCCAUGUUGUAUACAGUUUUCCUUUACUCAGUACAAUCUUUCAUUUUUUAAUUCAAACUGUUUUAUUCAAAAUGGGCUGGUGUUGAAUUGCAUUCUUGUGUAAUAUCCCUUUGCUCCUAACAUCAACAUUCCCCUCAUGUCUUUGGUAAAUUGUAUUUUAAGUGAUGUCGUAGGCAGGAUUGUUUAAAUUUAAUUACCCAUGCUCUUCAGACUGUGAUAUUGCUGUGUAAAUGUCUGUUCCUAUGGUGUGUAUGAACUGGGAUGUUGGGAAUGUUUGGUUAUCUUGUCUUAUCUGGGGGAAUUCUUAUGUUUUAUCUUGCCUUUUCAUGUGUCUUUCUGUAGACAUAUCUGAAGAGAUGGAUUAAGAAUGCUUUGGAUUAAGGAUUGUGGAGCACAUUUCAAUCAUUUUAGGAUUGUCAAAAGGAGGAUUGAGGAGGAUCAGAUCAAUAAUGGAGGCAAUGGUUUGGAUUGGAGAGGGCUCACUGGAUCCCAAUCCUUGGAGCUGGAUCAUUGGAUUCAAAUCAUAAUGUGGAUAGGAUAGGGAGGAUGAAUUACAAGGAUUCAUGGAGCGGGAUCAGAUUACCAGGAACAUAGGAGUGGAUUCCUGCCCCAACCAAACCGCAUUCGUGUGGAUUUUUUUUAUUCAACUUAAUUGGCUAUUCCAAAGGUUUUUUUCCUAUUUUUGACGAUUGGAGCCCUUAAGAUGCACGAUGGAAUUGUGUUUUGCAUUUUUUGGUAAAAGGAGCAAAGCGAGGACCUGGAGAGGUACGCUGGAGCAAUCUCCUUGGAAGGAUUCAGCACGAGUAGAUGGUAAACAUAUAAAGGGGAAAAGGGGGGGUUUGUUUAAAGUAAAAUAGUAAAUCAGUAAGUCACUUCUCUAAAUUUAAAAAAAAAAAACAAAUUCGGAGUUGAAGAAUAAGUAGGUUUCCAAUUGGCUAUUGCCAUUUUUCUUUGAAAAAUAAAACAUUUUUUAAAAAACUA